CAGAUCCAUGUAUGGAAGCGAAAGCCGAAAGGCACAGAUAAGCCGAGAUCCAGCUAUGCAAACCAUGUUUAGAGACACUUAAAGGACAAGCAUCCCAGGUCCUUUCCUUCUGGUAAACUUGGAGAAGCCAUCACCCUGGGGUCUUUUUUCGCAUCCAGCCCAUGCGGAUUCACCAGCCCGGCUCCACAGAGACCAAUACCAGGAGCCCCUUCUCCAUGAUGGCUUCAGGUAGAGGGAGAAAAGCCUGUAGGUGAGAAGCAAGCCAAGCCAUCUGCCCCAUCAGCAUGGAAAGAAACAAGAUCCAAACUGAAACAGAAAUUAAAUCUGGAAAAAGAAAUACACAAGUAAAAGAGGUGGGGACGAUAGUUGGAACUCUGCCAUCGUACGACAUGCCGCGAUUCAAUCUCUCCCCCACCUUUUUGAUGGGAUUUCAUCUGUUAGCCAUGCUGGUUCUCUUAUUUUCCCACGUGGACCCUAUAAGUGCUGAGACAGAAAUGGAAGGAGAAGGCAAUGAAACAGGCGAAUGUACAGGCUCGUAUUACUGUAAGAAAGGGGUAAUCUUACCCAUUUGGGAGCCCCAAGAUCCUUCCUUUGGGGACAAAAUUGCUAGAGCAACUGUGUAUUUUGUGGCCAUGGUCUACAUGUUUCUUGGCGUCUCUAUCAUUGCCGACAGAUUCAUGUCCUCUAUAGAGGUCAUCACUUCUCAAGAAAAAGAAAUCACCAUAAAGAAACCCAAUGGUGAGACCACCAAGACGACUGUGAGGAUCUGGAAUGAGACGGUCUCCAACCUGACCUUGAUGGCCCUGGGCUCCUCGGCACCAGAGAUCCUCCUCUCAGUGAUUGAAGUGUGUGGCCACAACUUCACAGCAGGAGACCUCGGCCCGAGCACAAUCGUGGGGAGCGCUGCGUUCAACAUGUUCAUCAUCAUCGCGCUUUGUGUUUACGUGGUCCCAGACGGGGAGACCAGGAAGAUCAAGCAUUUGCGUGUGUUCUUCGUGACGGCAGCUUGGAGCAUCUUUGCGUAUACCUGGCUUUACAUUAUUCUGUCUGUCAUCUCUCCUGGGGUCGUGGAGGUCUGGGAAGGUUUGCUGACUUUCUUCUUCUUUCCCAUCUGUGUUGUGUUCGCUUGGGUGGCAGAUAGGAGGCUUCUGUUUUACAAGUAUGUCUACAAGAGGUAUCGGGCUGGCAAGCAGAGGGGAAUGAUUAUCGAACAUGAAGGAGACAGGCCAUCUUCCAAGACUGAAAUUGAAAUGGAUGGGAAGGUGGUCAACUCCCAUGUUGACAGUUUCUUAGAUGGUGCUCUGGUUCUGGAGGUGGACGAGAGGGACCAAGAUGAGGAAGAAGCCAGGCGAGAAAUGGCUCGGAUUCUGAAGGAACUCAAGCAGAAGCAUCCAGAGAAAGAAAUAGAGCAAUUGAUAGAAUUAGCUAACUACCAGGUCUUAAGUCAACAGCAAAAGAGUCGAGCAUUUUACCGCAUUCAAGCUACCCGCCUGAUGACUGGAGCAGGCAACAUUUUAAAGAGGCAUGCCGCUGACCAAGCAAGGAAGGCUGUCAGCAUGCACGAGGUCAACACAGAAGUGGCUGAAAAUGACCCUGUCAGUAAGAUCUUCUUUGAACAAGGGACAUAUCAGUGUCUGGAGAACUGUGGUACUGUAGCCCUGACCAUUAUCCGCAGAGGUGGUGAUUUGACCAACACAGUGUUUGUUGACUUCAGAACAGAGGAUGGUACAGCCAAUGCCGGGUCUGAUUAUGAAUUUACUGAAGGGACUGUGGUCUUUAAGCCCGGUGAGACCCAGAAGGAAAUCAGAGUCGGCAUCAUUGAUGAUGAUAUCUUUGAGGAGGAUGAGAAUUUCCUUGUGCAUCUCAGCAAUGUCAAAGUAUCUGCCGAAGCCUCGGAAGAUGGCAUCCUGGAAGCCAAUCACGUCUCUACACUCGCUUGCCUGGGGUCUCCCUCCACUGCCACCGUGACUAUUUUUGAUGAUGACCACGCAGGCAUCUUUACUUUUGAGGAGCCCGUGACUCAUGUGAGUGAGAGCAUCGGCAUCAUGGAGGUGAAAGUGCUGAGAACGUCUGGAGCUCGCGGAAACGUCAUCGUUCCCUACAGAACCAUUGAAGGCACUGCCAGAGGUGGAGGGGAGGACUUUGAGGACACUUGUGGAGAGCUCGAAUUCCAGAACGAUGAAAUUGUCAAAACAAUAUCAGUCAAGGUAAUUGAUGAUGAGGAGUAUGAGAAAAACAAGACCUUCUUCCUUGAGAUUGGAGAGCCCCGCCUGGUGGAGAUGAGUGAGAAGAAAGCCCUGUUAUUGAAUGAGCUUGGUGGCUUCACAAUAACAGGAAAAUACUUGUAUGGCCAGCCUGUCUUCCGGAAGGUUCAUGCUAGAGAACGUCCGAUUCCCUCCUCUAUAAUCACCAUUGCAGAGGAAUGUGACGACAAGCAGCCACUGACCAGCAAAGAGGAAGAGGAGAGACGCAUCGCAGAGAUGGGGCGCCCCAUUCUGGGGGAGCACACCAGGCUGGAGGUGAUCAUUGAAGAAUCCUAUGAGUUCAAGAGCACUGUGGACAAACUUAUUAAGAAGACAAACCUAGCCCUUGUGGUUGGGACAAACAGCUGGAGAGAGCAGUUUAUCGAAGCUAUCACCGUCAGUGCUGGGGAAGACGACGAUGAUGAUGAAUGUGGGGAGGAGAAGCUGCCCUCCUGUUUCGAUUACGUGAUGCACUUUCUGACUGUGUUCUGGAAGGUCCUCUUUGCCUUCGUCCCCCCUACUGAAUACUGGAAUGGCUGGGCAUGUUUCAUCGUCUCCAUCCUCAUGAUUGGCAUACUGACCGCUUUCAUUGGAGACCUGGCUUCCCACUUCGGCUGCACCAUCGGCCUGAAGGAUUCCGUGACCGCGGUGGUGUUCGUCGCACUUGGAACCUCAGUGCCAGACACGUUUGCAAGCAAAGUGGCAGCCACCCAGGACCAGUACGCCGACGCAUCCAUAGGUAACGUCACUGGCAGCAACGCGGUGAAUGUCUUCCUGGGCAUCGGCGUGGCCUGGUCCAUUGCGGCCAUCUACCAUGCUGCCAAUGGGGAACAGUUCAAGGUGUCCCCUGGCACGCUCGCUUUCUCUGUCACUCUCUUCACCAUUUUUGCUUUCAUCAACGUGGGGGUGCUGCUGUACCGGCGGAGGCCAGAGAUCGGAGGUGAGCUGGGUGGGCCCCGGACUGCCAAGCUCCUCACGUCCUGCCUCUUUGUGCUCCUGUGGCUCUUGUACAUUUUCUUCUCCUCCCUGGAGGCCUACUGCCACAUAAAAGGCUUCUAAAGGAACAAUCAGAUAUAGUAAAUUUAUAUAUAUAUACAAAUAUAUACAUAAAAAAUUAUGUAUAACGAACAGAGGAAACUGACAUUUGUCAUGUUCACUUACCUGCUGAUGGAAUCCAGCUUCAAGAGCAUACUCUGUACCAGGGCCGAAGGGAGCCACCGUCACCUCCCCUUCCCGGGGCAUCGUCACGUUGAACAAGGCUUGGAGGCAGGGCCAUCUUUGCAGCUCAGCCUAGAAGGGCUGUGUUCUCCCCAGGUUCAUCAAUUGUGCAGUCUUUGAUUUGUUUUCUGUUUUUGCUUCUUUUCGAUGGGGGAGGGGGAGGGGAUGAAGUCAGGGGUGGUUGUUGUUUUUCUUUGUGGGGAGGUGCGGGGGGAAGGAUCAGGCUUGGUUGCUUCUCUUGUGGGAGUGAAGACGUAUCUAAAUGCAAACGGGGUUUUGGUAAAAAUGGAAAUCAUUACGAUGACUCUCCUUUUCUCCUGAACACUUUAAAAACCAUUUGGUAUUGAGAAAGGAAGUGGGCGUGGAAGCAGCAGCAUGCCCAGGCCUUCACCCUGUUACUAAAUUUCAUGCUGGCCUCUGGAGCAGAAGCAGAGGUUGACGCUGCCUCCAAGAAGAAACCUGGGAGCUCGAAUGGAGCCAAGAAAAGUAGUGGCUCUUGAUCCCGUCUGACAUUUCAAGGCAGGACGCCUGGCACUCCUGUCAACAGGUACAGGAGUGAAGUGCCUGGACUCCCAGGAGCGCGCACAAUCCUUUCUUCCUUAGCUCUUUAGCUCGGGGCCGUGAUUAGCAAAGCCCUCAUUCUGGUGUUCCAGCCCGGCCAACCACCCCCAGGUCCCCGCCACCCCAGCCCCCUCCCACCCGCCCUUCAUUACAAACCAGAAGAAUAACCAUCGAAAAGCUCGCCAUCCCCGCCCCCCGUUUGCAUCAGUGUGUGUCCCCGUCCCGUGCUGCUGUCGCCUGGGGUCGUCUGUCAGUUUUCUUUUCAAAGCGUCCAUGGCUUGUACAGUCCUGUCCAGUCACGACCGCACACUCGCUCCUCCUCCCCGGGCCUGUGCGGGAAUGUUGUCGCGGUACCUGUUCACAGCGCAUGGAUGGAAACGAUACAGCCAAACAAAGCGCGCCUGUAUGUAGUAGAGCCUAGCGUGCCCUCGCCCCCCACUCGGCAGCGCGGACUGGACGCUGAAGACAUGCGUGAGUUUCCUUUUCACCUGAGUUGUAACUUUUGUUGAGUUUGAGGAGGGAUCAGAGGAGAAACAUGGCUUCUUGUUCGUGGGUGUGCACGUUCAUUUCUAAGCAGCAGGAACUGUUACCUGGAAAGUUAGCUGUUGAGAGGACCCCAGGCAGACUGCAGAGGCUUCCCGGAGAAGGCGCCGCGCGGUGCGCGGCAGCGGCCUCUGCGGCCCAGCUGUUGGUGCGGGAAGGCCGAGGAGGAGGGCCCUGUGGAGCAGGGGAUGCAUUAGAUGUGCCCGGGCUCUGGACUUCCGUUCCCACAACGCCCCUGCCCCUAAGUAUUUAUUAUUUCACAUCUGCUCUGUCUGGCACAGAUGAUAGAUUGUGCUGGUUUGUUCAUUUUUCGGGGGUUUUUGUUUUGUUUUUAAUGUAUUUGGAGCCCUGUUUCUUUCACCAGCCAGACCCCUCUGCUUGUAUCUGCAGUUCCUGAGGAGGAAAGAAGCCACAGGGCCUGUAAAAGUGUGUCUUCUCCACUUACGACUAAGGAGGAAGCAACAAAAUGAGAUUAGUGCCUCCCCGGAGGAUUGCCCUGCGAGGUUUUUUUUAACCCUGGAAAAGGAGUGGCUCUAUUUCAAAAUACCAGAGAGCAUGUGGAUAAACCCAACAUUCCAAACUAGUGAGUCCACAGAUGAGGAUAAAUGCAAGGACUUGGGCCCCCUCCCGGACUUUUCUCUAUCUGUAAAGAACCCCAGGCUGGAGACACCCCCAAGUGCUCUGUAUUGACUCAGAGAUACUUAGCUCUCACCAGCCUUCUCUUCCGCUGAGUAAUCACUGUCAUCCACCAUGUAAUAAACACUGGAAGAUGGAAUGAGUAAUUAGAUGCUAGCGACCCACUCAGUAUGCCAGGGUCUGUGCUACCUCCUGGGGACUGAGUCCUGGACAAGACGUCCAGAUCCCUGCCCUCGGGGGUUCACAGUUAAUGUGACUGCCAUUUUCGUGAGUAAAAGCUAACACAGCCACAUGGAAACAGUCUGAUCUUGCGAGGAAAACACCAUUAGGAAACUCUCUUGUAUAAAUGUUUAAAAUUUCUUUAACAGAGUAUAAGGCAUAGGUUAGGAAAAAGUGUCCUGUGUCUCCUUAGCCAACCUUGCAGAUCCUGUACAUCUUCCCAUUUUAUACCAGAUAGGGCAAUCAUGUUGGUGACCCAAACCACCGAGAAGGCCCGGUCAAGUCCAAGUUCUCUGUCGGACAGCAGUACUUUUCCAUGCCCCUCAACACCUCUACCAUGUCUCCUGUCUCCUGGACACUCCCCCUGACCUGUCACGGCCCAACACACUGGUGGCCUGACUCCUUUAGGGACACACUCUAACCCAUUUUUUUUUUUUGAAGAUUUAUUAAAUGGAAAGCUAGCCUAGAAACACCAAGUAAAUAGUCAAGGGAUGCAAGUUGUUUAAAUAUUAGAAAGCCUUUGCACUCAUGUCUAGCCAUAUUUGGAAUGUUACUAAUCCCGUAGCAAAUUUUCACAGAGGACUUUAAGAAAUCUUAGCCGUUGGUCAAUUUCAAUUUCAAAGCUUUUGGGUUUGUUUGCUUUUUCAAUUUUCAUAUUAUAGGGAAAAUAUGAUUCUGGUUGUUCAGGGCUGUAUUAGUAAUUAUAGUUGUGUAAAAUUAUUUCAUUCUGUUUGAUUUUAUUUUGUGUGUAUUGUGCACAGCUUUAGGGGGGGAAGUGCACGAAUUGAGCUGUUCCUUAUAAAUGGUACACACUAUUGACACAGACAAAUAAAGUUUCUAAUUGUUUCUGAUUUAAUCACCAGUGAUACAGCAUAUUCUGUACGGAAUGUUUUCUCUCUCCUCAUUGUCAUCUACUUCAUCUUUUGUUUUCAUGUUUGGAAGAAAUAAAGACCAAAAAGGUA